AUGUUAUCCGGAUGGCGCUCUGUCCGCGCCGUGGCCGGUCGGGAGCGCUCGCAGCGUAACGACGGCGGCGGCGAUGCCGGCAGGCGACGGUGGGAGAAGCGCACGAUUCGCUUGCGCGUUGGGGCUCAGGGCAAGCCGCCCCCCGCGACCCCAUGCCCCGCGGCGACCCCGACGCUGACCCCUGCGCGGGGGUCGGAGGUCAAAGUCGAGGCACCCGACGAGGACGCUGACGAGGUUUCGGCGGCUACGACGUCCGGAUCCGGCGGCGGCGCCGCGAAUCCCGGCGCCGCCACGGCGACGCCGGCGUCGGCGGGGGCAGCAGCCGGAUCGACGAUAGCGCCGGGGCUGUCGGGGCUGCCGGGGCUGCAGGGAGUUUCGCCGGCGCCCGCGGUGGCGUCGUCAGCGGCCGCCUCUGGCCGGCGCCGCUCCGUCGGCGUCAACACGUGCGAGGCGGGGACCCUGACGGAGCCCGAGAGCCUCGGGCCCUGCGAGCCGGGCACCAGCGUGAGCCUCGAGGGCAUCGUGUGGCACGAGACGCACGGAGGCAUCCUGGUGGUGAACGUGACGUGGAGGAACAAGACGUACGUGGGGACGCUGCUGGACUGCACGCGGCACGACUGGGCGCCGCCCCGCCUGAACGACGGAUUCGGCCGCUCCGGCGUUGGGGGAUGUCAAAUUAAUGGCCGAGCCAUCGAGGGCGCGAGGCUGUGCAGCUGCACCGACGCCCAGGCUACCCAGGGGACGGGGUUCUGCGAGUCGCCCACGAGCGACCUGGACGUGCGCGUCAACCGCAGCCGCUCCAAGCGCGGCCGCUCCGUCUCCAGCACGCCGGUGAACGAGAGCGCCGUCGCCGCGGACGGCGCCUGCCGGAGCGGCGCCGCCAAUGGCGGCAAGGGCAAAGGUGGCACCGGCGCCGGCGGAGGGGGCGGCGGGGGAGGGAACGGGGGCGCGGGGGGCGGCGCCGGAGGAAACGGAGGCGCCGGCGGCAACGGCGGCAACGGCGCCGGCGGGGGAAACGGCGCCGGGGGCAGCGGCGCCGGGGGCAACGGCGGAGGCUCCAACGGAGGUGCGGGCGGAUCGAGCGGCAGCCGGCGCAAGGCGACCGUCAACGGCACGGCCAACGGGCGCAGGACGCCGCCCCAGAGCGCCGGCGAGGACGUCAAGGCCGGCCUGAUGACGGGCACCGGCGGUGCCGGCGCUGGCGGCGGCAGCAACAAGAGGAAGGCGAAGCCGCCCAACGAGCUGGAGCUGUCGACUGGCGCCGAGGACGGCCGCAACGGCGCCAAGCGGUCGCGGUCCAACUCGGCUCAGGGUGGAGCGGGCGUUGGCGGCAGCGGCGGCUUUGGGGGGGCGGCGUCACAAGCGGCCGGGGGCGGCACCCCGGUGACGUCGCCGCAGGGUGCGGGCCCCGGCACCCCGCUGGGGCCGCCGCAGUCCCCCGCCCUCCUCGACUGCCCCCACCCCAGAUGCAACAAGCGCUACCGCAACGCCAACGGCCUGCGCUACCACCAGACGCACGCGCAUUCCGACCCCGAGAGCCGGGCCGAGGACGAGGCCGACAGCGAGGAGAAGGCGUCGGACGGCGAGGAGCGGCCCCCGGGCGCCGCUUCCAAGGGGGCCGCUCCGACUUCGUCUCCGUCCAAGGGCGGAGGUGGCAGGGAAGCGUCGCGAGGCCGCCCGGAGGGCCCCGCGACGCCGGUGGGCCGGGCGGGCCACGGCAAGGCGUCCGCGAGGCGGAAGGAGGAGCCGGAGGAGAACGACGAGAUCCCGGCGAUCGCGAACAUCGCGGCGGCGCUGGAGGCGUCGCCGGAUGGCGACACGAGCCACGAGAUGCCCAACCGCCGAGCCGGGGGACAGGGGCAAGAAGCAGGGCGGCGGCGGCGGAGGCGGCGGCCGGAACGACAAAUCCUCGCCGAAGCCCAAGGCGGUCCGGACGAUCGCGCCGGCGCUGCCGCCGCCCCAGCUCGUGCCGCUGUCCGCGGCGGCGGCCGCCCCGCUGCCCGCGACGGCGCCCGAGUCGCCCGUGGGCGGCGGCCCGGCGGGGCUCCCGCCCUCCCUGUCGCCCGCGUCGCUGCCGCCCGCGGCGGGGCCCCCGCUCAAACCCAUCCAGCCCAAGCCCCUCGACGUGCUCGGGCAGCAGCCGGCGCCGUCAUCGUCUUCGUCGUCCAAGGACAAGAAGAAGAAAGACAAGAAGAAGAAGGACAGGGACAAGGAGCCGGAAGGCCCCAAGACGUCGGACGCGGCGGUGGCGGCCACCGCGGUCGCGGCCGCGGGAACGCCGUCGCCGCUGGCGCCGGCGGCGGCGACAGCGGCGGCGGGGCCGGCGCCAACCCUCGGGGAAGCCGGCCCGUCGGGCCCCGCGUGCCCUGGAGAGUACCUGGCCAAGGUGGAGGGCCUCGUGAACGGCCUGGGCGAGGCCCACGAGGUCAACCGGACUCGCGAGCAUCAAGGCCGAGGCAGCCAAGGUGUACAGUUUCUCGGACAACGCGCCCAGCCCGUCGAUCGGCGCCAUCGCUUGCUGCGCCGGCGCGCCCGUCAAGACGGCCGUGUCGCCCCGCAGCAACCGGCACCAGCAGCCUCAUCCCCAGCAGCAGCAGCAGCAACAGCCGCCAGGCCGGCAUCGGCCUCGUCGGCACGAUCGCGUCACCGGCGAACGGCCGAGGGGCCGGCCCCGGGCAAGACUCGCCUGCCGCCGCCCAGCGUUGCCCCGGCGAGCACCGGUGCGCGCCGCCGCUACCGCCGGUGAUGGUGAAGGCGGACGCGGACAGGCAGUCGGCACCCACCACCGCCAGCCCCGCCGCCUACUCGGACAUCUCGGACGUGGGCUCGGACGGCGGCGCCGGGGACGGCGGUCGGGUCCGGGGGACGGCGCCGCCGCCUCCGGGACCCUCCGCCGGCUGCCCCGCUGGCGCCGCUGCCGCCGCCGCCGCCAUCGCGGGGCAGCCGUGCGAGCAGACGGUGGGCGGCGGCGGCGCCGAGACGCGCGACCGCCCGCCGCCCCAGCUGAAGAAGGACGCGGACGCCGCCCCGACGUACGGGCAGCUCUACGGCGACGGCGGCGGCUACGGCAAGGCCGGGGGCGGCAACGGCGGCAACGGCGGAGGAACGGCGCCGGCGGCAGCGCCGGACCCCAAGGUCGUCGCGGGUCCGCACCCCGUGCGGGUGAAGCUGGAGCCCGAGGAGGAAGAGACGCUGAAGAGCGCGGCGGAGGCGAAGGCGACUAAACGCGCGCCGGACCUCACGUUCUGCCACCACCAGCACCAGCAGCUGCAGCAGCACCUGCAGCAGCACCUUCACCACCAGCACCUGCAGCAGCAGCAGCAGCAACAGCAGCAGCAGCUGCAGCACCACUUGCAGCAGCAGCAUUUGCAGCAGCAGCACCAACAGCACUUGCAGCAGCAGCAGCAACAGCAGUCGGUGAUUCAGCAGCAGCAACAGCAGCAGCGGUCGUCGCAGGCGCUGUACUACGGGCACUACGCCUACAUCCCGGGCCUGGGCUACGUGGAGCAGGGCUACCAGCAGCUGCUGGGCAACUCCGCCAACUACCGCCACUACGAACGAUUCUACCAGGAGCAGCACCGGCUGGCGGCCGCGGCCGCCGCUGCCGCGGCAUCCGAAAGGGGCAUCACCUACCAGCAACUGAGCCCCGGCGAGCUGGAGCGGGAGAGGAGGCUGGAGGCCGGUGGCGGCGGCGGCCUGGACGGAGACCGCGACCCGGGCCUAUCCGCUCGCCACAAGGCCCCCGCCUCGGCCACCGUCUCCCGGGCGCCGUCCCAGCCGCCCGUCCCCUCGGCUGCCGUGGGCCGCACGCCGACCCCCACGAUGCACAGCCGCUCGCCCACCCCCAGCCCUGGCCCCGGCGGCGGCGGCGGCGGUGGUUGUGCCGGGAACUUGAAACUGAAGGACAAGGAUGGGGAGCGGGACAUGGGGAAGAUGGUGCAGUCCGGAGUGCCGAGCAGAGUGCUGGACACAGCUGCAUCCAUGCAGCAGCAGCAGCAUCAGCAGCAGCAUCAGCAGCAGCUUCAGCAGCAGCAGAUACAGCAGCACCUGCAUCAGCAGCAGCAGUUGCAUCAGCAGCAUAGUCAGCAUCAGCAUCAUCAUCAACAACAUCAGCAGCAAAGCCAGCAGCAGCAACAGCAGCUGCAGCAGCAGCAGCAUCAGCAGCAGCAUCAGCAGCAGAUGGACUUUCACAACGAGGAGUUUCAAGGCAGGCCGGUUGACGGUGCUCGCAAGGAGGUUAAACCCGGAGCGGACAGCGGGAAGCACGGUGGAAUGGAGCACCACAAGCAGAUCGGUGCGGCGGGCAAGGCGUGGGCGCCGGCGUCCGCGGCGCCGUCGGCGUCGUCGUUCCCGUACGGCCCGCGGCAGCACGAGGAGCGCGAGGACCGGCGCGACCGCGACCCGGGACCGCCCGGCCAGCCGCCCCGGCGAGAGGGCAGCCCCGCCAAGCCGCCCUGCGCCACCGUCAUCAACGCCGCCCGCGACGACGUCGGCAGGGAGGUGAGGAGGCCCGGUUCAUGCCCAACCCCGUCCGACAAUCCUCGCUCCACGCCGGCGGCGGGGCCGGCGGCGGGCGGGCGCGACGGCCGCACGAGCCGCGACGGCCGCGACGGGCGGGAGCCGCCACCGGCCAGGGCCGCCGACGGCCGCCCCAGCGUCCUCGUGGGCUCCGAGGCGGCGGCGGUGGCGGCAGCGGCGGCGGCGGCGCAGCACGCGGCGUACCUGCAGUAUGUGUCGCCGUACGGCUACGCGCAGGUGUACGACGCGGGACACCCGGCCUACCGGGGCCUCUCCGCCACGCCCAUGCUGCUGCACGGCUUCCAGGGCGCCUACUACCCCCCGGGGUUCCCCUACCAGGGCUACGGGAAGCUCACGGCGAGCGCCGCCGUGGCGGCCGCGGCCGCGGCCGGUGGGGGCGGCGGCGGGAUUUCGCGGGAGGACCCCGACAAGGUGACGUCGUCGCUCAGCCCCAGCGGCUCGCCGGUCGGGCUGGGCAGGCCCGCCACCGGCGGCGGGGGCGGCGCCGGCGGCGUCGGCGGCGUCGGCGUCGCGGUGCCUGGCGGGGAGACGAAGGCGCUGGAGCUGCUGCAGCAUCACGCCAAGCACUACCGCAACCGCUCGCCGUCGCUCAGCCCUCGCGUGAUGAGCGACAAGUGCGUGCACGACGCGGACAAGGGCGGCGGCGGUUCCAGCGGCGGCGCCGGCGGCGCCGGCGAGAGGGACAAGGAGGCGGAGCGGUGCGCAGCGUCGCCGCCGCCAUCGCAGCGGCACGUGCACACGCACCACCACGCCCACGUGGGCAUGGGGUACCAGCUGCUGUCGGCGCAGUACGACCGCUACACCGGACUUCCCACCGCCACGGCGCAAGCCUCAGCGUCCGCCGUGUUCCCGCCGUCUUGAGGUGACGGCCGGCGUGGAACGCACGCGGAGGGUAUGGGCAGCACCGACAGACUCGCGACUUCACGGUUCCCGGGACGCUCCGCCGCGCUCGGCUGCCGCUGGCGCGCGACCCGCCCCGACGGCACCCGGAGCGGCGCCGGCACCGCGCGCUGCGGCCGCCCUAGCGGCAGAUCAAGUGGGAACGUGAAACCCAUCGCCCGGAGCAAAAGCAACAGCAAACAACGACAGCUUCAACAACAACAACAACAACAACUCCAGCGUCAACGGCAUCGGCGGCAAUACGACGCGCGCACGCGGCCGCGUCUUCACGUUGCUGAGACGCGUGAGGCGCGCCGCCGCUCUGAGUACAAUCCAUUCGGCCGCUCGGAGGAAGGAAUUGGAGGUUGUGGGGGAGGUGGCCGGCGGGGGUGGGGAGGGGUGGCGGUGGAACGUCCCCGCGCUGACGCUGAACACGGCAACGUGAAGGUGGAAUGUCGCUGUGGAAUCUGUGCAGUGCGGCGCCUGCCACGACACUCGUGCGGUUAGCACCGCGGACGCCCUGCCGGCGGCUCCCCCCACACCCCCCCACCCCCUCUGCAAAGCCUCCUUCGCCCCCCACCUCCCUGCGUCCGCCACCCGGUCCAGCCAAGCGCGCGAUCGGCGCGCCCUGCUCGACCGCGGUGACCCAACCGCACCUGCUGCCGGGCACCGUGCACCCCCGCGUGCGAGGACAACCUCCUCCUCGGCCCCCACCCCAAGCGCCGCGGCCCAGAAACCCCCCCCCCCCUCCCCCAGCGUCCUCCGCCGGCGUGCCGGCCGGCUGUACAUAGCGACUCCGGCUCCUCCGCACAGCGGGUUGGGAGCGCCGCCGCCGCCAGCGGGACUGCAGUUGCUCGCGAGCGGCGUUUUUAAUCGAUGUACUCGGCGAAAUGUAUUUUACUGACUUUCGUUGAAAGCGAAAACGCUAAAAGAACUUAAACUCGACGACUGUGACAGCGAUGAGAAUCCGGCGACGGAACACUCACUGGGGGCGAAGACGUCGCCGAACAUAGGAGCGGGGGGGAGGGGGGGUUUGUGGGUGAGGGGGCGAGCGGAGGCGCCGCGGCGGUCGCGUGGCGACGUCGCCGGUCGACUCCUCCUCCUGCCGUUGUCCACCUCCGAACUCCCGAGCUACAAAUCUCCCGGCCCACCGUUGUCGUCGUCGUCGUCGUUGUUGUUGUUUAUAAUGGACGGUGUGGGACACGAGCCCCACGUCGCCUCGUUCCCACGCCCGGAGGCAGCCGCUCGCUCCUCAAACCUUCGCCUUACCGAUCACCCCACCCCCCAAAAUCUACCCGCUACCCCCCAAGCCCCCCCCCCACCCAAAAAUAAUUUGAAGCCAUUAUCUGGCAUCAAGAUUCAGAUUCCCCCCCCCUCCUAAGAUUCGUCACUCCCCUCCUGCCAGACCUCCCUAAUUCAUGCCGUCACCUGACGCACCGCCACACACGCACGCACACACACGCACACACGCACAACCGCCUCCAGCCACUACCACCACCGUUCGAAACCACCACACACACACGCGCCCAUCCCCACCAGGCACCGGGCCACCUGUGUUUGCGUUUGUAAAAUGUCAGUGUGCCUACGCCAUUCCUUUCUUUGUAAAAUAAUACGUGUUGAAAGAUUUUAUACGACUUGCCUUGUAUAUUUAGGAAACAAAAUAAUAAAAAAUGUGACUUUUG